CAAGUCAAAAUAAUAAUACAAAAACAACCACUCUGGAAUGUGAAGUAAUAGUGAAUGGAUUUAGAGUACCAGCUACUAUUGAUAGUGAAGCAGCCACUAGCAUAAUUUCAGAAAAAACAAUAGAACAAUUACAAUAUGAUAUAGAAGAAGCAACUAAUUGUAAAAUUAUAUUAGUAAAUGGAGAAAAGAAUGAAUCUUUAGGAAGAAUUAGAGAUUUUCCCAUUGAGAUUGAAGGAAAAACAAUACCAAUUAAUGUAGAAGUAAUGAAAACUGAAGUAUACCAUAUAUUAUUAGGAAAUGAUUAG